AUGGUUUUUGGAGCUGAAAAACUUCAAUUUGAAGAACUAAAUUCUUAAUUCACUCUGGAUGAUGUUUAAUGGUUUUCAAAUAAUGUAACUACUUGCUUACUAACUGAUUUUACAGAAUACUCAUAAAAAAAUGUUUUGGGUAUCUUUGGCUUAGGUCAUAAUACUACCUCUAAAACAUUUUAAAACCUCCCUCCACAUUGGAGUAUCUCAAUAAGAUUUGAUCUAUUGCUAUAUAGAUCUUUAGAUCCUAACGACUACAUAUAUGUAGACAUAAACGGAGAGAUAAAUACUUAUUAAAAAUAGGGACCAAGGACAGGAUAUUAAAUUUGUAGACCUGAACCUGCCCCACCUAUAAGAGAAACCUAUCCAGAUGAGCUAGUCCUUUACCAAAAAACUUUUACACAUUCAAAUUCAUCUAUUAAAGUUUCUGUUGAAUCUAAGACGGAUGAAGUUAUAGAUAAUGAAGGCUUUGGAUUAAGGUAUUUCUAUUUGUAUUUGGAUACUUGUCAUGAUUCUUGCUUAACUUGUAAUGGACCAACUGAAAAUGAUUGUUUGGAGUGCCCAGAACAUUCAAAUAAGAAUGGGACCAAAUGCACCUGUGAUUUAGGUUAUUAUGCACAAAAUAAUUCUUGCACUAAAAAUUGUGAAAAUGGAUACAAAUAAGAUAUUACUGGAUAACUUUGUGUUUAAGACUUUUGCCAUAAAGAUAAGUGUGAAUUGUGUCAAAACGGAUAAUGCAUUUAGUGUGAUUCAGAUUAUUAUCUGCUAAAUGGGUAAUGUGUAACUAGUUGCCCAUCAUAUUCUACAUUAAAUGGAUAAUAAUGUGUAGAUUUAAUAUCUUAAACUAGUCAUGGUAGGUAUUUACUUAAAAGUAUGUUUGAUACUCAUUUUGGUGAAAGCGAAAUAAAAAGAGCAGGCAUCACAGCUUUAGGAUUUUUAGGUUACAAUAAAAUAUCUAGUGGAGCAUUAACUACUGUUUGUGGUGGUAUGACAAUAUUAGGUGGAGCAUACUUAAGUUCUGCUAAAUCGUCAAUUUCAAAAACAUUUUCUAGAUUAGAACCUCACUGGUCUGUAGCAAUAGGAUACACUCUUUAUAAAAUUGACUAAUGGAAUAAUGAAAGUGUAUAAUUAAUAGUAAAUAGUAAUAUUAUAGAAACUACCACAAGAAAUAGAAACGAUGGAGACUCAAAUAUAUGUGGAAGGAUUUAAUACAAUGACUAAAUUAUAUAUGUUUCAAAAAAUUUUACUCAUUCAGAAACUGACCUUAUUUUAGAAAUAAAAUCUAAUUUAAAUAACAAUCCUUUUGAAUCGUCUUAUGGAAUUAGAGAAUUAUACAUUCUUGUGGAUUAUUGUACCAGCUUUUGCGAAAAAUGCAAUGCGGAAGGAUGUAGCAAGUGUAAAAGUGAUUAUUACCUCUAUGACUUUUAAUGUUUAGAGAAAUGUCCAGAAGGUUUUUUUAAUUAAAAACAGGUAGAUAAUAAUAUAUGCUAAUAGUGUGAUUCAUCUUGUAAAUCUUGUGAUGGACCAAACAGCAAUAAUUGUUUGAGCUGCUAGGCUCCAAAUCUAUUUUAUUAAUAAAAUUUGAAGACUUGUGUUGAGAACUGCAAUUCAGAUUAAUUUAAAAAUAAAAAUGAUUAAAUUUGCUCUUCUUGUGAUCCUUCCUGCACCACAUGCGCUGGUCCCAGUAGUACUGAUUGCCUGUCUUGUUCUGGAGAUUUGUUUUUAUUCUAAAAUUAAUGCAUUCAGAAUUGUCCUGAUUAGUACUAUAAUAACGUGCAAAAUAAUUAAUGUAUGCCAUGUGAUCCUACUUGUUACACAUGUAAUGGUAGUGCAUCUAAUAAUUGUCUUUCUUGCUCAUAAAAAACCUUUUUAGAUCCUAAUUCUAACAAGUGUGUUUCACAAUGUAGCUUGAACUACUAUCCUGAUGAAAAUUCUAAUUAAUGCAGACCAUGUUAUACUACCUGUUAAGAAUGUAAUGGCCCUUCAGAAAGCGACUGCCUAACUUGUAAAUAAGGAUUAGUUUUUCAGGACAACUAAUGUAUCAAGAAAUGUAAGGAUUCUUAUUAUGAAAACCUAAAUCAUAUUUGUUAAAAAUGUGAUUCUUCUUGUUAAACAUGUACUGGGCCUUCUGAAUCUGAAUGUACUUCAUGCCCAUCUAAUUUAUUAUUUUUCAAAAAUUAUUGCUUAUCUGAGUGUCCCAUAGGUUAUUAUUCCUUUAAGAAGAAUUAAAAUUUUUAAUGCUUUGAAUGCGCUAAAUAUUGUUAGCUAGGGUGUUCUGGUCCGUUCAAAAUGGAUUGUGAUUAGAUAAAAUACAAAUAUCAAAUUAUCCUUUUUAUUUUUGUUGGUAUAAUUUUUCUUUGGAUAGCUUCUUCAAUUAUUGGCUACUUAUUAGAUAAAAAAUAAUCUAAGAUAUUUAAUUCUAUCAUUAACAAUCCUUGCUUUCCUGAUAAAUAAGAAAAUAUUUCUAAAAUAAGCGUAAAAAAACUAAAAAAAGGGGAUAGUUAGCAAUACAUUUAAGACCAAAACAAAUAAUAAAAUGAAAAUGAAAAACAAUCAUACCAAAAAUAAAAUCAUUUAGAAAAAGAUUGCACCUUAAAUUUCUUAGAAUAAAUUAUGUAACACUAUUAAAAAACCAAAGAAGUGAUUCCUAGGUCAGACAUUAAAAAUUCUCAAAAAUGUAUUUAAGUUUUAGAAUCCUAAAAAAAUUUAGAAUCAGAUCAGCUCUCUCUAACUAAGAUUUCUAAAAUGUGUAUUCAAACAACAACUGACAAUAUUCUAAAUUUUGAUCAUACUAACAAUUAAACAGAUUUAAAUCCUUAAGGAUAAAAUGAUAAUUCCUCCUAAUAGUACAAAUAUACUGCUAACUAAAAAUUGAAAUACUUAUUAUUAGGAAAUGAGUGGAUUUCUUUGUUUUACUUUUAUGAUUCAGAAUUUACCAGAGUUGCAAGAGCUAUUUUGAUAUUUUUAAAGUAUUAGGCGUUUUUCUUAUCUUCUGAACUGGUUUACUAUAAUUCAGAAUAUCUAUUGAUUAUUGCACUAAUAAUCAGUCUAUUAUUUAAAUAGGCUCUAAAAUCUAUACAAUCAAUUUUAUUGAAAAAAUCAGUGAAACUCUUAUCAGUAAUUUUGGUAACCUCCAUAAUAAGCUUGAGUCUUUACAUUGCCUUUUGGUUUGCGCCGUAAAUUCAAAAUAUGUAUCAUUAGAAAGAUAAGACAUGGAGUAUUUAUUAUGGAUAACUAUUGAUAUGGGAUUUCUUAAUACUGUAAUAAGUGUUAAGCUUUGUUGAAUACAUCUUUACAAUUAAAUACUUAAAUGCUUUACAAUGUAAAAAUAAAUUUGUAAAAGUAUACAAAUUAUUAUCUAACAAAUAUUUUAUUUAAAAAAUAAAAUGA